AUGAAUCAAACAUAUAUUAUUUUAACAAAUGUACGAUCGGAUAUAAAUUUAACAUUAUACAGAGAAAAUAAUAUUGAAAUUUAUAGUGCAUUUUUUGUGCAAACAACAAUAUGUAUCAUUGGAUCAAUAUUAAAUAUCAUCAACGUCAUUGUAUUAAGCCAUAAAAAGUUUGAAGCUACACCAUACUUAUUUAUGACAGCAUUAUCGUUAACUGAUACUGGAAUAUUAAUUGUUCAUUUACCAUCUGGUUGGGCAAGAUGCGGAACACAACUUCAAAUCUGUCAAACGGAAACAUAUAAACAACUAAGGGUUAUAUUGUUAUACUAUGUAACAUAUGUUGGGUUUGGUUUAGGGAAUAUUCUUGAAGCUUCAUCUGUAUGGAUAACUGUAUUAAUAUCAGCCGAACGUUACAUUACCAUGAAAUGGCCACAUUUAGGCAAAUUAUAUUUUGCAAGAUAUCAAGGCAAAUGGCAAGUAUUUAUCACUGUAUGUAUCGCUGUUGCUUUUAAUUUUCCAUUGUUUUUCACACUGAAAAUUAGCACUUCUGCUGUUCAAGGACUUAAUGAUACGAGGCGACAUUUUCAUUACAGUAAAUUAACAUGGUUUGGACAUUCAACAUAUUAUCAUUCGUUCACAUGGAUACGAUUUAUCUGUGUUCAGUGUAUUCCAUUGAUAACAUUGUGUAUUGUUAAUUUUAUGCUUCUACAUUUAACAUGGUCUAGUUAUCGUAACCAAAAAGCACAUCAACUAAGUCAACAAAUUUAUAUGCAACGUUCAUCGCUUCCAUUAUCAUCAGUGAUUGAUGAAAAUAAUGAGUCUUGUAGUCAAAUUGUGGAUGAUGGGACAUACAAUUUACAGAUAAAAUCUCAAACAACCAUUAGUUUCACACCUCAAGAGGCUAUUUCAAAAGAUAUGGUUAACAGUUCUACCAUGCAUCGAAUAAAUAGUUCAUCUUCGCCAAAACGUAUUUCGUUAAGAAACAGACGACUGGAACGUUCACAGCAAGCAAAUAACAAGUUGUCAAUCCUACUAAUUACUGUGAUAUUUUUGUUUAUAAUUGGUCAAAUUCCUCAAGCACUAGCUUAUGUACAUAUUUUGGAAUUGAUUGUACCAAGAUCUUGCAUCAAAUGUCGACCAUAUUCAGCUCUUUAUAAACAUUUUAGUCAUUUGUUAUGUUUAAUUACAUCCACAACAAAUUUCUUUUUAUAUGUUGGUUUGAACAGAAACUUUCGUGAAUGUCUGACUAAGUUAUGUCAUGCGAAAAGGAAAAUCGAAAUUUUAAAACGUUAA